AUGGCGAAGCCUACUUCUCUUCAUUCUUUUUUUAAUUCCUUUUUUAGUCCCACUUUAAAAAAUAUAUUUAAAAAAUUUCGUUAUGAAAAUAUAUCUAAAAAUGUAAUUGAAAAUAUUACAAGGACAGGAACAUUUUGUAGGACACUACUCCCGUUAUUCAUACCACUAUCAAUUUAUCAAUAUAUAAGACAAACCGAUAAAGAUCGAUAUUCAGAAGAAUUAUUUUUGCAAUAUGUUAAGGGAGAAGAAAUGAAAAAAAAGGACUCUUCUUUUUUAAUAGAAAAUGAUGAUACAAAUUGGAGAAUCAAAUAUGACUUAUAUUUAAUAGACAAAGCUGUAAAUUCAUAA